ACAAAAACUACAUCGUAGGCCGUGGAAGAUUUUUUGGUGGGUGGAUAAUGUUUACGGCCUUCUGGCUUCCACGUAUACCACUUAGCAUUGAUACCGUCAAGAUUAUCCGCCUUUCAGCUGUGUCAUCUCUUCCAUAAAUUACGAAGCAAAAAUGCGUAUAUCCUGAAUAUGAUAAGGGAGGACGUAUAUGAGGUGUAUCAUAUCUACGGGCCAGCUCAUCAACGGCAUAGUAUCGUAUUCGGGACUCGAGGUUUAAAACCCCGCGGCCGCGCCCACCGACCCAAAGGCCAGGUCGAGCCCUCAUUCUUCUCCCUCUCGUCUGGUCGUUCUCCUUUCGUUUCUCUUACCCUGUUUCUUGGGAGGGAUGGCCAGGAGAUCGCUCCAUCUCCUUCGAGAUCUUUAUAGGAGCCGUGAUCCCUUCCCUAAACCCUUCCUCCAAAACCCUAUCGCUACCCUCCUUCACCCAGCGAUCUCUUCAGCUCUUCUUCAGAGGAGAUCUCAUGCGGAUGCGGCUCCUCCACCGCCUGCGAUUCAAAACCCCAAGGCGAGCCACGCCAGUGGAGAUGAAAACAAAUCGCCUCCUUUCCGUUCCUCCUUGAAUGAAGCCGAGGUUGCUAAGUUUUCCGCCAUUGCUGAAACCUGGUGGGACUUUGAAGGUCCAUUCAAACCAUUGCAUUUGAUGAAUCCUACUCGACUAUCUUUCAUUCGCUCCACACUUUGCCGACAUUUUAAGAAAGAUCCAUAUUGUGCGAGGCCUUUUCAAGGAUUAAAAAUUAUCGACGUUGGAUGUGGAGGUGGCAUUCUCUCAGAGCCGCUUGCUCGGAUGGGGGCUACUGUUACAGGUAUUGAUGCUGCGGAAAAGAAUAUCAAGAUUGCUCGCAUUCAUGCUGCAUCGGAUCCUCUAACUUCAUCUAUUGAAUAUAUUUGCACGACAGCUGAGGAACUGGUUAAAGGGAAUAAGAAGUUCGAUGCUGUGAUUGCCCUUGAGGUAAUCGAGCAUGUUGCAGAUCCCUUGGAGUUCUGCAAAUCCCUGGCAGCAUUAACGGCUCCUACUGGUGCCACUGUGAUCUCUACCAUUAACCGCUCCGUGAGAUCAUAUGCUACUGCCAUAAUUGCUGCUGAAUACCUUCUCAACUGGCUACCAAAAGGUACCCAUCAGUGGUCAAGAUUUCUCACUCCCGAGGAAUUAGUGUUGAUCUUGCAAAGAGCUUCGAUCUCUGUGCAGGAAAUGGCAGGGUUCGUUUACAAUCCAUUGACCAGAGAGUGGUCUCUAUCAGAUGAUACAAGUGUAAACUUCAUUGUAUUUGGUGCCAAGGGGAGUGAGUGAGACUUAUGAAAUAUCUCUCUCUUCAAAUUACAGCCAACCGCUGGUCCAUCUCUGCUGGUCCUGCUAAUAUAAGAGAGAAUGGUUUUUGUUCCAUGUUUGUCAAAGGAGCAUGACUAAACAACAGCUGCUUUAGAAUUUUUUUCCUCGUCUAAUCUGGCAUGUCAUUACUGCAGAAUUAACGUAACAAGGGUCUAUCAGCCUGAGAUGGCUCCUUCAUCUGAUCAAUGGACAGCGCAGCUUCCAGAUACCCCUUUGUAGUGUGAACUUCAUGGUCUCUAGACUCGAGGCAUCUAGGGAUCUUCUUUUCUUGUUUUCAAAUAUUUAUAGCUUUUUCUCACCUUUAGGCAAUUGGUGCAGACGGUUGAUCCAUUUAAAAAGUAUUUUAAAACCUACAACUUUUGUCAAGAUUUACGUUAGGUGGGUAAAUUACAGAAGAUACUUUCUAUGUAUUUCUUAUCAGUAUCAAGACAUGAUUGGCUAUGUGUACCUUUUAUAUUUUGGAAGUAACAUCGUUACAUGAGAACUAGUGCUUUGUUUU